AAAAGAUGGUGAUGCAAAUACACAAUUUUUCCACUCUUUGGUCAAGAUCAGUAGAAGGAAGCAUCAAAUACAUUCUAUUAAAAAUUCUGAAGGGCAGCUUCUUACCAGUUUACCUGACAUUGGCAAUGGGGUUGUGCAGUUUUUCUCUGAUUUAUAUGCCAUUGAACCUGUGACAUACCAGAAUGAUAUUCUUAUGCACAUUCCUGAAAUCAUCAAUCAAGAGGAUAAUGAUUUUCUUACAGCAAUGCCUACAGAAGAGGAAAUAAAAUCAGCAAUUUGGGAUCUCAAUCAGAAUGGGGCUCCAGGCCCAGAUGAGUUCACAGCAUCUGAACUAGCAUCUUAAAUGAAGAAUAUUUGUACAAGGACAUUAGAUCUUACACUUCAAGUGGUGGCUGAUCCAAUUCGGUAGUUGCUGCCUCUCUUGGAGACUGGGUUUCUUGUCUUACAGUAACCCAAUACAACUACAACAUCUUUGACUCAAACACACGGAUGAAAUACUCUAAAGUUUCCUUAUAGUUGACAUCUAUUACAGAAGUGUCAUCAGGCUGUUUGAUUUGUAACGCGCUGAACAUUGUGUUGGAGUAUGAGACUUAUCCCAAGACUCUUGAUGAUGAUCAGAAUACUUAUUAUCAAU